CGAAAAAAUAGUCAGAGAGAUAGUAGUUGUGGGUCUUCUUCACCUCCCAGUCCCACUUUCAAUGUUUACCUAAGCUUUUACUUUUACAAGAACAACUGCGAAUGGUCCCGUGAGGAAACCAACAACAUCCUCUAAGAUUGCAAGACUAACCAAAAAUACUAUAAACCUAAAGACCAAGACCAUGACCCGACCAGGAUCUCCACCUCCUGGAGGGGGCGACGACGGGCCUCCUCCACCUAAGCGCGGGAUACUCAAGAACAAACCCGACAAGCUCGAAGAGACGUAUCGACUUCCGUUCACGGGUGUCAACCUAGAGCGCGAUGAUGUCGAAAGAUUACCGCAACCAUAUCGCUUCCUCACCAAGAUCAUCGACAAUCUUGUUGGAGAUGUCGAGGACCAGAUCCUGGACAUUGAGAAGAAAAAGCGAGAGGCGGUCUACGAAUACAACCUGCCGGAAAUACACUGCACGGGGAGGAUAGACCAAUUUUACGGAUGCUGCUCGUUGUAAACAAUAACUAACUCAUCUUCAACAUCGACCUCUUGCCAGGCACAUCAAUCAAUCAAUCAUGAUAGAUAGAAGUCGCUCGUUCUUGAUGGACGAGCGUUAAGAGAGUACAAUCAUGGCAGAACGAGCAGAAGAAGACUUCACUGUCAAAGAGAAUGAUUUGAUGAGUUUAGAAAUACUUAUGCGAUCAUACCUAACCACUCUAAUGAAAGGGUGUUGUUACCUGUGUGGCGCAAAACUUAUGGCGUAAGUGUAGCAUUCAAAGCCGUCUUGCUCGUUUGAGCAAAGACAAAGGCAACAUACUUCUUUCGCGUUCAUAGAAGAAUUAAGGCAGGUGCUUGUACAACUGGUUGUAUUUCAUGGGAAAAAAGGCCAUCCUUGGAUACCUGCUCAGAAUUGUCGAAAAUGGAAUUGAAAAAUGGGAAACAAAUCAAGAAUUGUCGAACAAGUCUUCGAGGAUGGCUUUACCAGAUUACAUACGCAUGUUGCAGGCAUGAUGCAGCCUCAAUCCCGCUCUAAGCUCAUGUCGGUCUGUACGACGCGGCGAGCGACAGCAGCAGCCUCGUAGCAUGCGGUACGUCCGAAGGCGAGCUUGUAGUUUUAGACUUGACAAAGACAGGGCGAGUCGCUUGCAGCGCGAUGGUUGGAUCGCCACCUAG